UGAACGCAAGCACCUGUACCCACAAUGCAUCAGGCUUUGUUACCGGCGCUGGCGUGCUCAGAGAGAGAAAAUUAACGUAUUCUGUCCAAAUUUACUUCAGAGGAGCUAGCACUGUGUACAAAAUGUCUGAGGGUACCCCAGUAGAGGCGGGGGUUGAAACCGUGAGCCGAGAAGACCAGGGCACUCCAGUGCAGGAUGAACCUGGAAUGGAGACCUACAUGGGACAAGAUGGCGACCAGGCAUUCCUCCACCAGGUGGAAGCACAAGGCACUCAAGAGGAGCCAGCUGUUGUGACUCAGCAAAUCGAAGAGCAAUCUACAGCAGAAUCAGGGAUGGAGCCUGUAGCUAACCCUGCUGCAGAAGGUCAGAUGCAGCCCUUGCUAGAAGACUCAGCUGACCAGCAUAUGGCCCCACAGGACACAGACCAAGACAUGCAGCAACCAAUGGAACCACAAAUUGAUAUUGAAAGUGACCAGCAGAUGGAGCCACCAGUUGACGUGGAAGCUGGGCAACAGAUGGAGCCACAAGUUGAUGUAGACGCUGGGCAACAGAUGGAGCCACCAGUUGAUGUAGAGGCUGGGCAACAGAUGGAGCCACAGGUUGAUGUAGAGGCUGGGCAACAGAUGGAGCCACAGGUUGAUGUGGAAGGUGGCCAGCAGAUGGAGCCACAGGUUGAUGUGGUAAAUGACCCACAGGGGGAGCCAGCAGCAGAAGAACAACAGAUGACAGCUGAGCAGAUUAUCGAACAACAAAUGCUGAUACAGCAGAUGGCACAAGAACAAGCAGCAAGAGAACAACUGGAGGCAAUCCAGCAGCAAGCCAUGGCACAGCAGCAUGUGGCUGUGGACCCCCAGCAGGAGGCCAUGUUACAGCAACAACAGGGGGUAAUGGAAACAGACCAAGUGGCAAUGAAUGAGGCCCAUGAGGCAGAGACUCAGGUCCAGGGAGAAGAGGAAGAGGCCCCCACCAUCCAAGCAGCAGUAGGUGAUGACCAGGGGGUACAGGGGGAGGGGGGUGAGGAACCCCCGACACUGGAGGCCCAAGAACCCGUGCAAGAAACCAACUACGUCAUCAUUCAAGUCAACGAGAACGGCGAGGCAGAACUGCAUCCUGCGUCAGCCGUCCAGACACAGAUGGCGCCACCGCAGCAGGUGAUUACAUCACAGCCAGCAACUGCAGCGACUGUUGUUGCCCAAUCAGCAAGUAAGGCUUCGGUUGCUGCGGGACAGUCCUCUGGGGUGGAGGUGGAGGGAGAGAAGAAGAAGACGGACCAUGCUCUGUUGAGGCGACCCAUAGAGUUGGGAGUAUCUGGCGUCCAGCAAGUCAUUAAUUGUAUUAAGUCAGGGACUGAUGAGAUGAAGUCCCUCCUAGUCAGCGAGUGCCAUGUCAUCUUUGAGUGUCGUGUCUGUCGUAACCUGUUCCGAGGCUUACCCAACUUCAUCGCCCAUAAACGCAUCUACUGCAAGGACUCGUUCCGCUCGGCGCGACUGAGAAUGUCUGAAGGUGGAGAAGACGAGCUGGUGAUUCUACAACCUGAGGGGGCCGACCUGAGCAUGGAUGACCUCCAGGGUGACGAUGAUGCACCACCAGUGCUUGUACGUGAAGGCAAUAUCCCACGGGACAGGAAAGACGGCAAGCUGUCACGUGUCGUGGAGUUGGAACGCAUCCCAGGCAACAGUAACGCUGUGCGCAUGAAGCGCCAGGGAGACCCGGAAGGCACGCCACGGACCAAGAGGAGUCGUAUCGGGCGCAUGUUUGGGGAGGAGUACUACACGGAGGAAGACCUGGCGCUUGCUGAGCCAGACCAGAACAUGACCCGCAUUCGUCGACGCACGAUGGAUGGCUCGGACAUAGGAUCCCCUGCGGCAGCUCGUUUGGCGGAGAGACACGACGUUGAUCUUCGUACCUUAGCUUGUCUGAACUGCAACACCACUUACUCUUCAAUCAAGACGCUGAAUUUCCACAUGCAGUCUCUUCACUCAGACACGCGCACGUUCUACCCCUGCAUUUUCUGCAACAACGUGUUUGCCCAGCUUUGGGGUGUCACGCGCCACAUCAUGCGCAGCCACAAGAAGUCAAAGGAGGAAGUGGAGGACAUGCGUGAGACCUUGCGACAGCGCGCAUUCUCCAAGACCGUGGACGAGAUGGGAGAGUACGAGACCCCGCGUCACAACAAGGACGUGAUCCAGAAAGGAGGGGAUCGUGGGUCAGUGGAUGGUGAGGAGGAGGAGCAGGAUUUGGUCAAUGUGAAGAGUGAUCCUCAGGAUAAAGGAGCUGAGGAAGAGAUGGAGGAUGAAGCUAUGGGCGAAGAAGAUGAAGAAGGAAGAGGGAAAUCAGAAGAUGUUUACGAAUUUGAUGAAGAAGACCAACCGUCUUCGGGCGUCAAGCGUUCCAACAGCGCCAAGAAAGAGAGCAACUCCCCCGUAAUCUUGAAAUACAGUGACGAGGAUGAGGCGCUGAUCGAGUCCAACAUUGAUAUGAAGAACCUCAUUUGUCUGAAAUGUGACCGCCAAUACGGAAGUAUUUCUAAUCUCCGUCGUCAUGCUGUCCGCCAUCUUGGUUGGCGUCGCUUCAAGUGCAAACUGUGCAAGUUUAUGUCUUAUAACAGGUCUGAAUGUAAGAGCCAUUUAAGGCGAAUUCACACUGCAAAGAUGCAGGGACAACCUGAACUCCUCAACUUUGUCAUUGAUUUGGAACAUGAGGGAAUAGCAGUGCAUUCCCCCAUCCGCCCCCAGCGUAGAACCAUGAUCACGGAGGCGGAUAUGAGGAAGUCUGGGUACAAACCAGAACGCGUCGACGAUGACAUGGACAAUGGAAGCAUGUCACAGGACGAGGAGAACAGCAUGGAAGAAAGCAUGAUGACAACACCCGAGGGAUUUUCCAGGGUAAAGGGAUCUGCUCGCCGCUCCUCUGGCAAGGCCGCGCCCAAAGUGGACCGCAUGACCACCUUGGUGACCAGGUCAGGGUCGUACCCCAAGGGGGUGAUGACCAGGAGUGCUAGGAAGGGGAAGGGGUCCCAGGUGGGGCCAGGUAACGAUGACUUUGGCUUUGCUGCCCUAGCAGGAGAUGGAGACAACGCUGGGACCACGGUGACUGUCCCAGAGGGCACCACUGUAGUGGAAGUCCAUCUCAUUCCCACGUCAUCUGGGGACGUCAAGUACGAGUCCGAUGGCUCCAUUGUUGUCAGUAGCAUUCAGGCCUUUGAGCAGAUGGCAUGCAACACAGAGGUUGAACAAGAGGAAGAGGAAAGCGACAUGGUGGUGGCUCAAGCCAAGCGCGUCAAUCCCGGCCAAACAGCGACCAUUCCAGAGGAAGCCCUACGCAAGGUAGAGAGUGGCGAAAUGACCGCUGGUGAGCUUUUCCAGCUUUUCCAAGUGCAAGAGGGAACUAGUGGAACUGCCGCUGCUGCAGCUGGCGCCGCUUCUGCAGCAGAGACAGCUGAGGGUACUGGAGAAUAGGGGGCAUUGUUGUUCAAGAUGGUCUUUGAAUAUUUCAGUUAUUUUGAUGUUGACUUUAUUUUAACUGAAAUGAUCCCCCCUUUUUUUUCUUUUUUACACAGAACAAAAAAAAAUGUCACAGUCUAGAUGAAUUUAAAUUGUUACUCAGUGGGCGAAUUUACAGUUAUGUUGUGACUGUCAAACUUAGUACCAUGCCAUUUUGUGGUCAAAAACCAUAAUUCACAGCUUAAUGACUUAAUCACAGUGGCUGUGGACCAAUAAAGUGAUGAUAAGAUUGGGAAUGGUGAGCUAACCGUAAGCACAGGUUGUCUAAGAUAGGAAGUACUAAAUUUUGCAAUCACAGUAGAACCGCUAAUGAGGCUUUGUUAAAAUCUGCCUUAAUCUGAUUAGUCUACUUUAUUUUAGUUUUUUAGUUCUUUUAAUCUUAGACAUUUAUUAAUUGUUUUUAGUGAAAUGGUGGUGUUAAUAGUAAUAAUGCCCAGGGAAGAUGUAGCCUUCUGUAGGGCAUCAACUUAAUGAUAUUGUUUUGCUUAUGACAAGUUUAAACUCUAGAUGCAUUAAUAACAAUCAUCAUAAUUGUAAAGCUUGAAUAUUGGCAUGCUAAAAGCAGUUACUGUCUCUUAAGGAUUUGAGAUCUUGCUAAGAGGAUUGGAAUUAUAUGACAGCAGAGGGUUAUGGGUUACAAUCAAGGCAAGCCAGAUUAGAAAAAUGGACCGGGGGAGUCAGAUACACCGAUUUGUGCUGAAAAGAAGAUCUUCUUUAGACAAAUCUGUAUAUUUUCAUAAGUUUUCACCUACGAUUCUUGACAAUGGCCAAUAGAGGAUUUUAUUUAAAGUUUUUUUUUUUUUUUUUUGUG